CAUGCGCGGCAGGCACUCCGCCGCCCAUGGGCGACUCCGAGGACGAGUUCCGGGAGUCCCGCCGCGGGCGCCUCAAAGCCGGGGGUCCGCAGGGGGGUCGCCGCCUCCGCCGCCGGCCACCUCCCCCUGCUCCUGCCCGCGGGGACGAGGCGGAGGCCCCCGGGAAGACCCAGGAUGGCGGAGAAGGAGGCGGAGGGGCCCCUUCAGGGGCGUCUGGACUCCCCCCCGCAUCGCUUCUUGGAGCCCCUCCAGGAGCGGGAGACGCAGCAGCAGAGGAAGGAGGAAGGGGCAGCCGCCACUGCCAGGAGCAGGCGCAGGGAUCCGCGCAGGUGACGCUGGAGCCCCUGGCACUCCCAGGUGCCUCAGCCAGGAAGGAGGAGGAGGAGAAGGACCAUGCCAGGAGGCCACCCGCUUGUGAGGAGGAGGAGGAGGCAUUGAGGGGUGACCAGUCCUGGGGGUGCCAGGGGGCUGUUCCGGAGGAGCUGCAGCCAGGAAGCCUGGAGGAGGCAGGCUGGGUGUUCUGCCAGAUCUGCCAGAAGGACCUCUCUGCCAUGAACUCCGUCCGGAGGGAGCAGCAUGUCAACAGGUGCCUGGAUGACCUAGAGGGCCCCCUUCCUGCCCCCCCUGCUGCCAGGGGCCCUGUUGUUCCCGAGUGCCCCAUCUGCGGAAAGGGCUUCAGCUCCCUCAGGAGCCGGGGCGGCCACUUGAAGCGCUGCGCAGCCAGGAUGGAGGUCCCCCCCACGCUGCUCCUUCAGGCGGUGCGGCAGCAGCAACAGGAGACCUUGCUCCUUGGCCUCCCAGCUGCCCAGAGCGGGUCCAAGCGAAAAGGCGCCUCUUCCACGCAACGCUUGCCGAAGAAGCGCAAGGUGGCGGCCGAGGUGGACGGAGCGACGGAGGACCUGCUGGUUGCCAUGGCGAUGUCCCGCUCUCUCUUGGAGGAGGAGGAGGGGAAGGCCAAACAGCUGGCUGGGAGCAGGCAGGAUGGCGCUUUGAAAAGCAGGAAGCCCCGAAAAGCAGAGAAGAAGAGCCGAGCGAAGCUGGGCCUCCCGCUGCCUCCUCUGCCUCUGCUGCUGCCCCAGGACCCCCAGGAGACCCGCCGGCGGAUUGAGGCUCGUGUGGCGCAGCUGCUCUCCGAAGCGGAGGAGGAGGAGUUCCCCAGCACCCCCCUGCUCCCCCCCAGCCGCCUCAUGGAUGCUGAGCUGCCCCAGGGAGCAGGCGGAUCUCUGUGGGAAGCCAGCUCACUGGCCAGACUUUGUCCUCCGGGGAGCUUUCGGGCCACGGACUUUGCCCGCUCUGUCUCGUUGCAGAUGCCCAAGGAGGGAGCUGUGCUGGGCGUGGCUUUGCCAUCCUUGGGGCCCGCCAGAGCGCCAGAGAGGGAGCAAGGGCUGGCUGGUGCUGUGCUUCUCCAAGGAAGCGCCCCUGGAGAUUCACGGGAGAGGCUGCCUUGCCGACCGGGCGAUGCAGAGGCCCUGGAGGACCUGGUGGAGCUGGCGGGAGAAGGGCUGACCCUCACCCAGUGGCAGAUGGAGGGGCCAGGUCAAGGUUGGCUUCCUGGGGACGCUCAGCAGAGCAGUUUUCUCCAACCACUGGAGAAGCAGCUGCCCCAAAGGAUCUGUCCUCAAACGCUCCCGCUUGGCUCCUUGGCUGAUGCCUUCAGGGGGAUGGUGAACAACCCCCACCUGAGCGACAUCCAGUUUCAGGUGGACACUGGGGAGGUCCUCUAUGCGCACCUGUUUGUGCUUUAUGCCCGGUGCCCCCAGCUGAUGGAAAUGGUGGGCUGCGAAGGUUUCCUCGUGGCUGAAGAAGGGGGCGCAGGGACCCGCCGGGUGCUGCUGAGCGAUGUGUCGAAGGAGGCCCUGGGCGUCUUCCUGAGCUACCUUUACACGGCUGACGUCUCCGUCCCUCGCCAUGUGCUGUCAGAAGUGGCUGCUUUGGCCAGGAGGUUUGGAGCGACGGAGCUGGCUGGCAUGUGCCGCAGCUGCCAGCCUGGCCCGGGGGUUCCUGGAGCCGAAGAUGAGGCAGGAGAGGACAGGGCCGGGACCUUUGAGGAGCUCCUGAGAUCCAUGUGGCUGGAGGAAGAGGAAGAAGCCGUGUUGCAGGGCGGGCAGCUGGAGGAAGCCGACAGCGAGGAAGUGGGCGAGCAGGAACUGGAGCAGAUCUACGAGUUUGCUGCCACCCAGCGCAAAGCUGCCCACGAUAGGCUUGUCUUCCGCAAGGGAGCCGCCAACCCCAGGAAGGAGCCUGCAGAGAGCAGGGCAGCCAUGGCAGAGUGGACAGGAAGCCUCUGCCCGGAACAGUCCCAGUUGCCAGGUGCUGCUGCUGAUGCCGCCGCCAGGGGCACAGGGCCCCCCCUCAGAGCUGCCACCGGAAGCGUUCCCCAGAUGGAGGAGGAGGAGAAUUCAGAACAGCACGAGCAUUCGGCUGUCCUGUUUCCUGCCACCCAGGGUGACUGCUCUGGGCUCUCUCAGCAGAGCCAUUGCGCCAAGGAGCAGAAGGGCAAUGCAGCCAGCCAAGGCCCUGCAUCUCAGGGAUUUCCCAGCCUCCUCUGGGGGCCACCGAGGGACCUCUUGCCCCUGGGAUCCUCCUCUCCCAAACAGAGCGCAGCAUCGCCCACCAGCCCCUUGGCAGUCCUCUCUCUUGUUCUGCCAGGGCUGAGCCCCCUGGGCUUGUCAUCUCCCCCUCCGCACGGCGAGUUAGAGCGGCCUGCGCGGAACAAGAGCCCAGGUGGCUGUGGGACCUUGGAGAGCAGCCCCAUUGUGCUUUUGGAUUCUGAUGAAGAGGCAGAGCGGGCAGAGGCCGGCGUCUUGCUUGCUGGAGCGGCCCUCUCUGGGCCAUGCACAGGGGCCUUGCAGUCGAGCCAAGGGGGGGCAGGUGUUUCCAGUGGGCAGAGGCCAUCCCUGUCCCCCGCCCAGGUGGGCCCUGGGGAGCUUUGGGAUGCUGGUGGAGGAAGUCCUCUGCUUCUGAGGCUGGCCAGCAAUGGAGAGGACAGCUGGGAGGAGGCCUCCAGUUGGAGGGUGCCAGACACUCCACUGCUGGGCGGGUACACCUUGGCGCCUGGGACCGAGGAGCAGGGCUCUAAAGGGGCUGGAGAGAGCCUGCCCACCCACAGCUCCACUCCCAGGCUGCCUCUGCUGGGACCCCCGUCUGCCCAGGAGAAGCCUUCCAGCAGCCCCGUGGUGAUCGUGGGCGACAGCGAAGAGGAGCUCGAUUCAGCAGCUCCUUUGCCCCAGAGUGGCACCCUUGUGCCUGGGGAGGACUCCCUGUGUCCCUCGGAGGGGGAAGGUGACAGCCUUCUUUGUCUGACACCAAAUGCCCCAGCCCCACUGGGGACUCCGCCACCAGCCGUGGGUGUGAAAAGCCCCCCAGCUAGGAGUCCCAUGGCUGGGGGAGCAGCUGCCCCCCACUUAGGAGAGAGAGGUGCCUCGACAGAAGACUCUGAUAGCAGCGAGGUCUUUCCUUUGACCCAGAGAACGCCUGAUCUUGCCUUUGAGGCCGGGAGUGAGACGCCGAGCGCAGCUCCACCCACCCCGAUGCCAUCUUACUCCAUCAUGGAGACCCCGAAGCUGAAGAAGGAGCUGCGCAGGUUUGGAGUCCGUGCUCUCCCCAAGCGGAAGAUGAUCUUGAAGCUGAAGGAAAUAUUUCAGUACACUCACCAAGGGGCGAGAGCCAACCCCCAGGAAAAGGCGGCUGUGGCCUCCCAGCGGACCUUGCCCCACAGCCCAGCCCAGCCGGUCCCGAGGAAGCCAAGGCUGGCCGUCGCCUCCAGCCCCGUUGGCAAGCGGCUACCAGGAUCUGCUGAGCCUCACCAGGGCGCUCGGGGCAGCCAGAUGGUCUGCGGCUUCAGGGAUGAGAGGCUUGGGCAGGUGUCCGAUCCUCACACUUCAGGGCGGCUGCAGGGGACAGCCUCACUCCCAACAGGAUUUCCCCCUGGAGGAAGCACCAAGGAUUCGGCACCCACAGCUUCCCAGGAAUCAACUGCGUCUUCAGGGACUGGCAGUGAUGUGUCUGUCGUGUCCCAGAGCUCUUCUUCAAUGGAAUUUGGCUCGCUGGUUGAGGAGGAAGAGGAGGAGCACGUCCCGGCUUCUCAGGCUGCAGUCCGUGAGGCACACAAACUAGAGGCCUUGCGGCGCCACCUCGUCUCAAAGCCAGCUCUUUGCCGCCAAAUCCUCCUGUACCAGCCCAUUGAGUUGGCUGGGCUGCAGGCAGAACUGAAGGAAAGCGGCAUCAGGAUUGCGAUGGGCAAGCUGAUGGACUUCCUCGAUGCGCACUGCAUCACCUUCACUACUGCAGAAGCCCGGAGGGAGAAGCAACGGCACUCCAAAAAGAGGAGGCGGCGGUUCUGAGGGGUUUCUAUGGGCCUUGAGGGUGGAACCGCUGGUGCUUUGCCCACUCAGCCGCCUCUUCUCAUUUCCCUGUGUGUGGUUUUUCUUUGACUGGAAGAGCUGUGGCAAAGACACGACUAAGCCUUCCACUUAGAUGAUGCACUCGGACUGAACUGGGAGAAAAGCGCUUCCUUGGAAGUCAGUUCAAAUCUGUACAGAGGUCCCUGGAGCAGCUUGAGGGGGAGCGAAGAGAGAAGCUGAAACACACUGCAGUUGCUUCAAGGCAUCCUCAUUGCAGGUGCAGCUGCUGCCGCAUCUCGACCUGUGUUCGCUGGCCAAGAUUGAGAGUUAGGUGUGGCUCAGCUUGAGCAUCCCUCUGUACCCAUUGAUCUGUGCCGACCAUUAAAGUUUUAAACAUGUGGGUGUAACAUGCCUGUGUAAUAAAAAUGUUUCACUGAAA